CACGAAGACUAUGUUGUGUUGUUUUGUUUUAGUUCAACGAUAUUUAGUUUUAGUAAAUUUGUAUUGAAGAUUUCGAAGAAAGUGUAAAUGAGUUUUGUGACUGAUUUUAUGGUUUGAAAUUGGACAACCAUUAAUCGUCGUUAAUAAGUACUGAAAAAUCGAUAUAACUUAGCCUAAUGUAUAACAUCAAGUGAGGUUAGAUUUAGGCUGCAAUUUUAUAACGCACGAACGUUAUAUUUUUUGUUACAUUAUAAAAUAUUAUUGUUAAUGAUUAUGGAUGUUGAGUUAUUAAGAUACAAAUUAGAAAAAAAAUAAGGAACGGCUACGCGCGAAAUUACGGACCUGCGCACUAGAAUCAAUGCUCCACAGAGUUUGGCAACAGUUUCCUCUACUCAAACUUAACCUACUAUAUUAGCUAUAAAACGUAUAGUUCGGCUAAAAAAUUAUACAUCAUAUUAUCUUAUGGACACUGAUACUGAAUAUCAAAAAUGGCAGCACCCGAAGCAAUACAAGUUAGUUCGCUACCUUUGCCUCCGGUUCAGUACAUAAAUUUGUACACGGACGAAAAUGUUCGUCGAGGUAGAGCACCUCGGCCACCGCCUCCGAUACAUGACACUUAUUCAAUGUUUGGAAAUGUAUUUAACGCGGAUGAUACGAUUAUUCGACCCCUCGAAGCACAAGGAAUUAAAAGGUUAUAUCCUCAGCAUUUUGACCGACGACGGGAAUUGAAGAAACUGAACCAUUCCUUACUUGUUAACUUUUUAGAUUUGAUAGAUUUACUUGUACAAUGUCCUGAUAGUCCAAGACGUGCUGAAAAAGUGGAAGAUCUUAGUUUACUAUUCAUUCAUAUUCAUCACUUACUGAAUGAAUUCAGACCGCAUCAAGCUAGAGAAACGUUACGAGUCAUGAUGGAAUUACAACGCAGACAACGUAUUGAAACUGCCCUUAGAUUUCAGAAACAUUUAGAAAAGGUUCAAGAAAUUUUGCAACAUGCAUUACAAAUGCUACCUGAUACUUCAGAACUGGAUUCAAAACUAGCAAUAAAUACAGACGCUAUGGAGUCUGUUGAUAAUUUAGGUUCUGAACAGCACACACCUGAUCCAUGUAGUCCUAGUGAUCGUAUUAUGUGUAAAGUUAUAGAUGAUAUGAUUUCAACAAAUGGACUAUUUUAAAUAAUGAAAUAUUUAUAUAUUGUCAAUUUCAUCCUGUAAAAAUAAUUGUAAUUAUAGAUGUAACAUGCAUUGUGAUGAUAAUUCUAAAACCGUGACUGGUUUAUUUAUUAAAUAAUGGAAAGGAAUAA